AUGGCCGACCAGUCUGCAGCUCGCAAGCGCCAGAAGGGCCUCCAGGGCCAGCCCAUCGAGCUCUCGCUCGCCCACCCUCCUCCCAACGCUCCUCUCCCUGCUCUCGGCCUCUUUCCCUCGACUCAGCCGCCAGCCAAGACGCCCUUCACCCUCUACACCCCGUCCGGCGACGCUCCUUCGGCCGACGCUCGCGGCUCUCGCGCCCUCCUCGCCGCAGAGACCGACGAAAUCGAGUACGACAGCCGGAACCACGUCGGCGGCUCGGUAGACGCCGAGGCUCAGGGCUAUGCCGCCCAGUACAUGAUCGGCGUCCACAACCCGCGCACCAACACCCUCACGCUCCACGCGGCCCCGCUCCACAACUUUACGCCCGCCAUCAAGUCGCUCAAGGGCGCGACCGCCGCCUCGACCGACCCGGCCGCCGCCCUGUACACGGCCCAGCGCGCCGCCCUCGGCUCGGCGUUCGGCACCAAGAAGGCCCAGGCGCAGCAGCGCGCCCAGGAGCGCAACAAGCUCAGCACGUCGUCGUUCGGCACCGACGCCGCCGUCGCCGGCCUCCAGAGCCACCUCCAGCACACGAUCCAGGCCCAGUCCGGCUCGCUCCCGAGCGCAAAGGACGUCGAGGACGACGCCAACGCUCGCCGACCGAUCCCGCCCUUCAACCUCGCCGCCGAGACGCCCGGCGACGUGUACGACCUCGACGCCGUCGUGAGCCCCGCCGAGCUGCACGCGCUCGACAUCGGCGCCCUGAUCUCGGCGCCCGACUUCAAGGAGCGCCGCCUCCUCCUCCCGUACCGCCGCAGCGACUGGGUCCUGUCCAAGCUGCGCCAGCUCCUGCCCGCGCGCGCGAGCGCAGAGGGCAACGUGCCCAACCCGUCCAAGCGCGACCGCGAGCGCCUGCGCCUCGCCGUCCACGUCGCGCACCUGUUGGCGUUCCGCCAGGCGGCGCGCCCGGGCAAGCCCGUCGACCGCGCGCACCUCGUCGACAAGCUCGGGCACCCGAGCGCCGCCGUCGUCGAUGCCCUCAUCGAGCGCUACACCGAGGCGACGAGGGGCCCCGGCGGCGACGAGCAGCGCCAGGUGACGAGCACGAUGGAGCUCAAGCUGCUCGGCUACCUGCUCGUCGUCGUCCUCAAGGUCGACGGCUGGACGACCGACGUCACCACCAUCGCCGACGACCUCGCCAUCGGCAGCAAGCGCGUCCAAGAGCUCUUCCGCUCUCUCGGCUGCGUCCUCGCGGCCCCCUCGGCCGCCGACCGCGAGAAGCUCGUCGCGACCGGCCGCGCGACGAGCGCCGCCGACGCCGCAAAGAGCAAAAAGGCGACGCUCAAGGUCCCGCUCGAGUUCCCCAAGGAGCGUCGGUCGCGGGCCAAAAAGUGA